UGCCUUUUGGAACGGAUAACAAUCGUCUACACCUCUCACUCUCAGUCUCUCACACAUCUGUAAAAAUGGCGACCACGGCAACGUCGCCGUCGAUUUCAUUCUUCUCAUCCUCAAUCUUCGGAAGCUCCUCUCGCCAGAACCCUAAUUUCCUCUCUACAUUCAAACCUAAUUCUUUUCUCAAACCCCUCAAACCUCUCUCUGUUCGCUCCGACCUCGUCGCCAUUCCCAUACUCUCUUUCACAGGAGAAAAAGUUGGCGAGACUCAACUCAAUCUCAAAUCUGCUCCUCUCGACACUGCCCGCGCCGUCGUCCACCGUGGCAUCAUCACCGACCUGCAAAACCGCCGCCGCGGCACCGCCUCCACCCUCACCCGCGGAGAGGUCCGGGGAGGCGGCAAAAAGCCCUACCCCCAGAAGAAGACCGGCCGCGCCCGUCGUGGGUCCCAGAGGACCCCGCUCCGGCCCGGUGGUGGGGUUGUCUUCGGCCCCAAGCCGAGGGAUUGGAGCAUCAAGAUUAAUCGGAAGGAAAAGCGGCUGGCGAUAUCGACAGCGAUGUCGAGUGCGGCAGUGAACACGAUUGUAGUUGAAGAUUUCUCAGAUAAGUUCGAUAAACCGAAGACCAAGGAGUUCAUUUCUGCUAUGAAAAGGUGGGGGAUCGAUCCGAAAGAGAAAUCAAUGUUUCUGAUGACAGAAGUUCCGGAUAAUGUGAGGUUAUCGAGUAGAAACAUCGGAACUUUAAAGAUGUUGACGCCAAGGACUUUGAAUUUGUUCGAUAUAUUGAAUUCAGACAAGCUGGUGCUGACGCAGGAGACAGUGGAUUAUUUGAAUAGAAUGUAUGCGGUUGAAGCCAUCGGUGAAGAAGCUGAUGAUGAAGAAGAAUAUGAAGAUGGUGAUGAAGGGUUGGAGGCAGCAGAUGAGAAUUCUGAUGUAACAGAGUGAUGCUGUAAAGUCCCAUGCCUUCCUUUUGCUUGAUUCUCUUUGGAAUUCAUUUUAAUCCAGAUAAUCCUGAAGAGGGUCUUGUCCUGGGAGCUAGUUUUGGCAGUCUUCUGCACAUUAUCAUCAUCUUUGUAUGAAUUGCAAAUUAUUUUCCAUGAAAAUGCUGCCAUUUGUAUGUCCUUCUUGUGCUCAUGAGCACUGCUUUUUUUUUUUUUUGUACUCUUCUUUUUUCAGAAUAUUGCAGGUUAUUGUUCUGUUAUAAUUAUAGUGUAGCUUAUGUUGAGAAAAUUGUAUCGUAGCACUUUUCUCUUCUACUCAACAAACAAAUUCUCCCUUCCCCCUCUAUC